CUACAAAUAACCUCGCUCUCAGGAGCUGAGGAAUGACUCGGUACCUAUUUAACAGUGACGUAGAUCAAAAUGGCGCAUACCAAGUGGCCUGUAUUUGAGCACGAUGGGUGUUAUUUUGUAGACAAAAUUCAUGACAUAGAUGCAGUGAAAGAGAGACGAAUCGACCGAUGGGAUAUUCGAGACGAUGACGUCAUCAUCCAAACUUUUCCCAAAUCAGGCACGCUAUGGAUGUUACAUGCAGUGUCACUGAUGUACGACGACCUCAAUUGGAAGUUGAACCCAACGGGGAAGUCUCUUCGAUUGGGAUAUUUUUACGAGAAGACAGACUCAGUUCCGGGUUUAUACGGGGCCACGGUGCGAGCGACUAAAUGUUCCCUACAUGAGAUGCCGUCACCUCGUUUGAUGUUAUCUCACUUACAUCCUCAAUUUUUCCACACGGAGUGGAGGAAGAGGAACAGGAAAUGCAAAAUAAUAUGUAUCACUCGGAAUCCCAAAGAUGUAUGCGUGUCCUUUUAUAACUUUCUUAAAUCGCUUACAUUUGCCGAAAUGCAUCUGAGCUGGGACGAUUGGGUCGAAGCAUUCAUUGAAGGACGGGUAUGGUACGGACCCUGGUUACAGUAUGCCCUGGCGUGGAAUCAGUAUGGCUUGGAAGACAACGUAAUACACGUGACAUUCGAAGACAUGAAACAAGAUCUGAAGUCUGUAUUGGUUAAGAUUGCAGAUUUUCUCGGUCGGCCGCUCACUGAGGAAACAAUCGAUCGCGUUGUGGCGAUGUGCAGCUUGGAUGAAAUGAGGGCAUCGGGAACUGACGUUCAAAUGUCGCCUGCUCAGAGUGGGGAAUCGUGGCCGCAACACGCGGAGUACUUUAGAAAGGGUCAGAUUGGUGACUGGAAAAAAUCAUUUCACUGUGGCACAAAAUGA